AUGUCUAUCUAUCCAAGCAUACCAAAUCCAUUUCACACAUUGCACUCGAUGUUUCUCGCCAGCUUCGUCUACUUUUCCCGUGCCGCGGAUCAUAACCCAUCCCCCUCCCAAGUGACCCGGCAAACCUAUCUCGACCAAGCAACUAGGACCCAGGCGCGGUCAGCCAACAAUCCACCCUCUCGACCAUCUUCCUCGGACUCCCAGUCUACCUCCUCAAGUGACACGAGACCUGCACAACUCCCGGCCUCAAUCCUCAGCUCGAGCUUUGGUCAGCCAGCCAAACAGGAUCACCAACCUGGCCGUCGUCGGGGGAGAAGUUUACAUCCGCAGGGCCAGAUCUCUCGACCCUAG